GGCGGGCGCCGACAAUGAGCCUCCAUAAAAGGGAGCGGCGGGGGCCUGGGGCCCCGGAUUGAGCCCUCCCCGCCCGGGGUCCCGACGCGCUCGGUCUCGGGGAGGCCCGGACGCGUCCGUCGCAGGCCGGGCGGUGAGCGGCGGGCGGCGGGGAGGGGGCAGCGCGGAGCGGGAGGCGGCCCCUGGCUGCGCGCCCGGCCUCCGGCGUCCGGUCACCGCGAUUCCCACCCCCUCCCGGCCGCACCAUGGCCCUGAAGGCCGAGGGCGCCGCGCUCGACUGCUUCGAGGUGACGCUCAAAUGCGAGGAAGGGGAGGACGAGGAGGAGGCCAUGGUGGUGGCCGUAAUUCCGCGGCCCGAGCCGAUGCUCAGAGUGGCCCAGCAGGAAAAGACCCCACCACCUAGGCCCAACCUGCUGGAGGCGGGCGGCGACGGCUGUGAGGAGCCCAGGCAGCAGGUGUCUUGGGAACAGGAGUUCCUGGUGGGAAACAGCCCAGGAGGCAGCGGGCGGGCACUGUGCAUGGUGUGUGGGGCCGAGAUCCGGUCCCCCUCCGCGGACACAGCGCGCAUGCACAUUCUGGAGCAGCACCCUCACACCCUGGACCUGAGCCCUUCGGAGAAGAGCAACAUCCUGGAGGCCUGGAGUGAGGGGGUGGCCCUUUUGCAAGACGUCAGAGCUGAGCAGCCUUCUUCACCCAUCUCAGACUUGGGCCAGGAUGUCGAAGCUGACCCAGACUCUGACCCAGACCCUGCCAAAAUGCCAGCAGAGAUUGUCGUCCUCCUUGACUCUGAGGACAACCCAUCUCUCCCGAAAAGGAGCCGGCCCAGGGGACUCCGCCCCCUCGAGUUUCCUGCUGCCCCCGCCUCAGAGCCAGGAAACAAGAAGCCCCGUGGUCAGAGAUGGAAGGAGCCUCCUGGGGAAGAGCCAGUUAGAAAGAAAAGAGGCAGACCCAUGACCAAAAACUUGGACCUGGACCCAGACCCUGACCCAGACCCCCCAUCACCCGACUCCCCCACGGAGACUUUUGCGGCUCCCGCUGAGGUCCGGCACUUCACCGACGGCAGCUUCCCCCCUGGCUUCGUCCUCCAGCUCUUCUCCCACACCCAGCUCAGGGCCUCAGACAGCAAGGACUCACCCAAAGAGGGGAGAGCUGCUGAAGGGGGCCUUCCCCAGCCGGAAAGCCCCUCUCCAGCUCCCCCUCCGGGGCUUCGCGGGACAUUGGAUCUCCAGGUUAUCCGCGUACGGAUGGAGGAGCCCCCGGCAGUCAGCCUCCUGCAAGACUGGUCCAAGCACCCCCAGGGCGCCAAGGGUGUGGGAGCAGGUGACACCCCAAACUGGCCUACGGUUCUGUCGGAAUCCAGCACCGCUGUCGGGGGGCAGCCAGAGGCAGGGAGUGGUGUAUAGGUUCUUGCUUUCCUGGGGAGGGGGGGAGGGAAGAGGCAGGGUCCCCCUUUGGCUUAUCACUCAGAGCUGCCCAGCUCGGCCACCUGAUGGAGAGAGUAAAACUGGGUGCCAAGGCAGGCUGGAGGAGAGGAAGGGGGGUGGGCAGCAUCCACUGUCACUCGGGGGCAUUGGCAGACGCUCCCGGCAAGGCAUGGGGCCGGGCCCUGAGAUGGGCAGGCUGGCCUGAGGGCAGUCGUGCGGUAGGGCAUUGGGCCUGUGGAGAACACCUACCCCAAUCCUUUUGCUGACCCAGACCUCUCCGUCCCCCCUCUCAGCCCCCACCAUUCUCCCUUGGCACAGUGCCUUACACAAGAGGUGGUCAUGAUGGGGUUUGAACUGAGUCCCACUACCUCGGGGGACGCCUCUCCUCCCCCACCCGUUCAGGCUCCUAAACCAGGAGGCCUCCAUUACCUCUUCCCGUUCCAUCCCUGCAGGAGGCCCAAGCAGCCCACCUGGGGGCUUUUGUUCACUCCCUUCUUUCACCUGUUUUCCUGUUGUAUAUAUCUCCUUUGUUGACAAUAAAUUAUUUUUUUUUAUUAAGAGA